AUGGCAUUUAUAACAUCGCUCGAGCCCCUUUGGGCAGCUUCGAGCCUCCAAUUCGAGAACGCCUUUCAAUUCAUCAAAUCCCUCGCCGGUAACCAAACCGACAUUCCUAAGACAACCGAGAAAAUACUAGAAAGCCAGAUUGGCUGGUCCAAUCCUCCAGAACCAUCCAACAUGCCAUUCAACAUCGACCUUCAAAUGGUCUUCUCGCUCUUCUACUUCCUCGUCAUCUUCCUAAUUCCUUUCUUCCUCACCAACUAUCUCCUCCCUGCCACGAGUCACUCCCGACGCGAUCGCUGGCUGUUUGGAUGGCACCUCUUCGAUGCCCUCGUCCACUUCGGCAUGGAAGGUCUCUUCCUCUUCCAUUGCUUCUUCAGCUACGCCCCUAUCUCCCCUAGCGAGAGCCGCGACCCCGUCUUCCUUGGUGAUAGAGACCACGUCUACGGCGCCACAUACUCCAACUCACCGACUGCCAAACUGUGGCAUGAAUAUGCUCAAGCAGACCACCGCUGGGGUGGUGCCGACCCUACCAUCAUCUCGAUCGAGCUGAUCACUGUGAUCUUCGGCGGUAUCACGGCCUCCUUGAUCAGCUAUUGGGUCUAUCAAGCUGCCGGCCGGCAGUCGAGGGAGAAGGAAGCGAUCAAGGCAAAGAUGUGGUUCAUGAUGAUCGUGUUGGCGACGGCCGAGAUAUACGGAGGCUUCAUGACCUUCCUGCCGGAGAUGUUGACUGGCAAUACAGCGUUGGCUACCGAUAGCUUCCUGUAUUUCGUGCUGUAUAUCAUUAUCUUCAACGGCCUCUGGGUUGUUGUCCCCGGUUGGAUACUGUGGGAGGCAUGGAAGGAGUUUACCGGCUCCUCUACCGUCAUUAAGAGGCAGCGGGAUAACAGCUCCCCCAGACACAAGCUUGGAAGGUGA